AUGCGUACAAUUUUUCAAUUAAAAAACAAACCUUUUUUGGUGCCAAUUUUAGAUGCUGAAACAAGGUGGAAUUCCACCUAUUUAAUGAUCAAAAGAUUCAUUGAAAAGAGAUCUAUUAUUGAGUGUUUAGUUAAUAAUAAUUAUGGAGAAUUACAAGAGUUAUGCUUAACCACAUCAAAUUGGAUGCACAUCGGAAAACCAAUGUAUGAAGCAGUCAAAUUAUCAUCUUCAUCUUCAUAUCCAACAAUGGGUGAUGUAAGAUUAGCCUUUAUUGGCAAUAAUAUUACAGAUGAAAUAAUUCAAGAACUUCAAAAUAUAAUUUCAAAUUAUUCUCGCCAGGAAAACAGUGACCACAAAUAUUCAAAUUCUGCUCCUCAUGAAACAGAGUAUCCAAUAUCGUCAAAAAUUGCAAUUGAUUAUUUGGUAAUACAAUCAACUGGUGUUCCAGCAGAAGGAACUUUUUCCAUUGCAGGUUUAACCAUUGGUAAAUUACGAAAUAAAUUACUAUCUGAUACUGCUCGUGCAACUAUUUGCUUAAAAAGUUGGAUUUCAGAAGGAGACAAUGAAUGA